CAUCAUAUAAACAUCCAUCAUUGAAUAACAUAAUUCAAAAUGAAAUAAUGGAUGAGGACAGGCGUCUUAUAAACGAAACUAAUGUGAAUAAUAUAAGAGAUUUGAGCGAUGAAUGCAAAGCAAGCAAUCUUAAAAAAUACUGUGAAGUAUAUAUCGAGAAAAAUAAAGCUAUCAUGGAUGCAAUUGACACCGCUCAAAAAAAGCAAACACAUUUCAUAGAAUUCACUAAUUA